AUGAUAGGGCCUGUUUCUCUGUUUGUUUGCGUAGCGCGGCCUGGUGCAGCCAGGUCAUGCUACGCACACAAGGUCCCCCGCAAGGGGCCACGUUUGAUCGCCUUGGAAUUCCAGGAGAGUUCGCCAGGUCCAGAUAAGAAGAUCCUGAUACCAGUGGCCAUGUGUCAGUCGCCCUGGCACUCCCGUCCUCGCAAGGUAUCCAAUCCUCCGGUGCCGACUGGCGAGCACCGCCUCGGCCCUCGGAAUCCGCUCAAUGCACCGCUGUCUCCAUCUGACUGUCGGGACAGCACAGUGGCUGCUCUGGCCCGUCACUACGGAGGGGCGAGCCUGAGUGUUGAUGCCGUGGUGACAGCGAUGCUCCUGAACGGCACCUCUCCUGUUAGCCUGACCGCAAGACGACUCUACGAUCAAGCUGCUGAAGAGUAUGCUGAGAAGAAGGCCGAGGAGGCUGCACAUCUUCUAGCCUCUGUCCCAGAUCCACAGUCAGCUCCAGCUUCACUUGAUACUGCGGAAAACAGCGAGGACAGCUGCAGUCAAAAUGAAUCCAACGCUCCUCAGGAGACUGAAAACACCCACUUUGCCCUUUGUCUGGGGGGAGAUGUGACCACACUCUGCAAUCUCCUGCCUGAACAGCUACUGGUUGAUGUCCUUGCAGAAAGAUUUCAGCUGAGCGACUGUCACCGUGGCAUCGUAAUGGACGGCCUGGAGUCUGUAUACACUCAGUCAGCAGCCAACACGCUGCAGGCUGUUCUGAAGGCUCUCAAUAACCGCAAACACAUCUACACAGUCAACCUGUCGGACUCCUACACUGCCCUGCAGGCACGGGAGAGAGCACAGAGAGAAACUGAGGAGGCUCUGCAGAAAGAGAUAUCUGACAGGAAGGAGCAGUGGCUGCAGGAGCUGGAUGAGGAGGAGUAUGAUGCUCUGCCAGAGGAAGACAAGGAGCAAAUUGCCCGGCACCACAUAGAGAACCGCAGACAGCAGAAAGUCAGGGAGCUGGAGCAUAUACUGAAGGAGGAGGAAGAACAGAGGCAACAGGAGGAGAUGAAAAGGUUGAGAGAAGAAGAGUUGAAGAAGAAGAGCAAAAAGGGUGGAAAGAAGGAUGUUAAAGAAACGUCGAGGAAGAAGAGCCUGCUGGAGGGAAAGCAGUCAACAGAUGGGUUGAAUGGGAACACAAUGUCUCCCAGUAACAACUCAAAAGAAUCCCUGGUUGAUGCAAAAGAGCAACAUCAUCUAAAUGAAGUGCAUCAAAGCAAAGAGGCGGAUGAUUUACAAAAGCAGACAGAAGAAACCAAAGCAUUAAACACAGAGUCUCCCCAACCCGCAGACAAGGUGGACAGAGAAAAGAUCUUAGUGGUGACGUAA